CUCCACCGGUUGUAUAUAAAUCUGUUCCUCCUUGGAAAGCAAAGCAACCUACCAUACAUUAAUUCUUAGAACAAUAUGCACAAACUCGAGCAAAUGAAUCGCCUUUUCCUUCAAUGCUUGUGCUUUUACUUGCUUUCAUCUUUCAAUGUUGGUAUCGCCGGAUCAGGCAAGGAUUCCGGCAUUGGAACGGCGGGAGAAAACCCUUUUACGCCGAAGGCUUAUCUGAUUCGUUACUGGAAGAAACAUAUAUCAAAUGGGUUGCCGGAACCGGAUCUGUUUCUUCUCAACAAGGCCUCUCCGAUGAGCGCCGUGGAACUGGCGACCUUUUCCAAACUCGCAGAUCAGAAUGCGCUCUCGGCCCAUCUGCAGUCGUUCUGUUCGUCGGCAAAGCUGCUUUGUUUCCCCGAUGCAUCACCGAGUCUGGAGAGCCACAGCCAGGACGCCGACUUCGCCGUGUACGAGAACAGGAACUUCACCAACUACGGGACGGGUCGACUCGGCGGAGUAGACUCUUUCAAGAACUACUCCGACGGCCAGAACAUCCCAGUCGACUCCUUCCGGCGCUACAGCCGUGACUCGUCUGGCCACGACGACAAAUUUGCCAACUAUGCCCCCGACGGCAACGUCGUGGACCAGAGCUUCAACACGUACGGAACGACGGCCACCAGCGGCUCCGGUGAGUUUAAGAACUACAACCACUUCGUCAACGACCCAAACCUCGGUUUCAAUUCCUACUCUGACGCCGGAAACGGCCGACAGCAAUCGUUUUCUUCGUACACCGAAGAUGCCAAUGCCGGCGCUGAAUCGUUUACCAGCUACGGGAAGAACGGGAAUGGCGCUGGCAAUGGAUUCGGCGGCUAUGGACAAAACUCGAAUGUCAUCUCUUCGAGCUUCCGUGCCUACGGCGAGACUGCCAACGGAGCCAACGACGAGUUCACGUCGUAUGGGGGUGAUGGCAAUGUUCCGGAGAACAAUUUCAAGAAUUACGGAGAAGGAGGAAACGCCGGCACCGAUACAUUCAAGAACUACAGAGACCAGAGCAAUGUCGGCGACGAUUCGUUUGAAUCAUACGCGAAGAAUUCGAACUCGGCUAAGGUGAAUUUCGUGAACUACGGGAAAUCGUUCAACGAAGGUACGGACAAGUUCAGCGGGUAUGGUCAAGGGGCUCUUGGUCAAACCGUUGGGUUCAGAACCUACGGCGUCAACAACACGUUCAAAGACUACGCCAAAAAGGGCGUCUCGUUCGCCGGCUACAUCAACGGGAGCUCGGCUGAGCUGGCCGCAAUGGCGAAGAGUGGCAAAGCUGUAAAUAGGUGGGUGGAGCCGGGCAAAUUCUUCAGGGAGGCGAUGCUGAAGACCGGGACUGUGAUGCCAAUGCCGGACAUUCGCGAUAAAAUGCCGAGAAGGUCGUUUCUGCCCCGGCAAAUUUCGGCGAAGUUACCUUUUUCAACCUCGAGGCUCUCCGAGCUGAAGAAGAUAUUUAGCGCCGGCGACGACUCGACCAUGGCGAGUAUACUGGAAGAGGCACUAAGCGAGUGCGAGAGGGCGCCGAGCCGGGGGGAGACCAAGCGGUGCGUCGGCUCGGCUGAGGACAUGAUCGACUUCGCCGUCUCGGUGUUGGGCCGAAACGUCGUCGUUAAGACUACCCGGAACACGGACGGGUCAAGGCGGGACGUGAUGAUCGGAUCGGUCAAAGGAAUCAACGGUGGUAAAGUGACCCAGUCGGUGUCUUGUCACCAGAGCUUGUUCCCUUACCUACUGUAUUACUGCCACUCGGUUCCCACGGUUCGGGUCUACCAAGCGGAUCUAUUGGACCUGGAAUCCAAGGCCAAGAUUAACCACGGAGUUGCCAUUUGUCACCUGGACACGUCGGCAUGGAGUGCGGGUCAUGGAGCCUUCUUGGCUCUAGGUUCGGGUCCAGGGAAAAUUGAGGUGUGUCACUGGAUAUUUGAGAAUGAUAUGACUUGGACUAUGGCCGAUUGAGCCUUUUAAAUGUAUCGGGUUGGAGGUCUAUACUGGCGGUUCGACCCGGGAUUAAACCUAUUUUAGUUUACGUGUUUCCUAAUUAUCUAGUCUAAACUUAAUGGCUAUUAAUUAAUUACGGGAUGGUUCAUACUA